AUCACAACAAAAAUAUUUUAAAAACUUAAAAAUUUCCAAUGGAUCUAGUGUUUUCAAAGCCGCUUGUUAUGUUGCUGCUUGUGGUAUACGUUUCAGUGUCAGUUUUUCCACUAUCUCUUGCAGAAGCACCACAAGAAACACCAAUUACAGUAAAGCCAAACAACAUUUUUGAAUGCUUGGGGGAUUUAGUGAAAUCUGGAGGAUGCAUCAAUGCAUUGAGUAAGGCAAUUUCAGAUGGUAAUUUCGCGGAUCUGGGGAAAGAAUGUUGUGACACACUGACUGGCAUUGGGGAUGAUUGUUUGCCUAUACUUUUUCCCAACCAACCUACCAUCCCCACAUUAAUCAGAGCCAUAUGUGCUUUUAAAGAAGAGAAGGAAGCUCAAAAGGCAAACUGAACCUUUGAUUAGGCUGUGCUAGCGUGACUUUUGCACUUAAAUAAGUUAAUUUCCUUUGAUAUUUAGCAUAUGUUUCUUAGAUACUAUUUUUCACUAAUAAUUUGCUAGCUAAAAGCAAAUUUGUUAAGAACAAAUUGAAAAUGUAUUUGUUGUUGAUGAUGUAGAAUCAUAUAUUCAUACCACAUCAACACUCAUUUUAACAAUAAAAAAAAUUAUGUUUG